UUAUUUUUUUAACGAAGGACACAUCAUGGCGGACACUGAAGACAUUUUGUCUGUACAUGAUCCCUAUUUAGAUGAGGAUGAGAUUCUUGCGGGGUCGGAGAGUGUUCCUGAACCUUCCACGAGCCGAGGCAGUGAACAAAAACGUAUCACUUUUCCCUACUCUGCUCAGUCAGAUACUGAUAUUAUUCAAGAUGUACUACAAAGGAAUACGGAGGCAGUGGCAGCGUUGGUGAGGUCAAUGAGUGCAAAAAAGAAAAGAACAAGGAAACGGUCAGUUUCUUCAUCUUCGUGUGAGUCCCCCAUUCUAAAGCACAAAAAGAAACGCUAUUACAAAAGCAGCGAGAAACGGACAAGGAGAGUGAGCGAGACCACCCAAGCGUCUCAUUCUAACCUUGAAGAGACCGGAAACGUGUUAUCAGAUGGCGAAAUAAUAGACGAUCUGUUCUGCCCCCCUGACAAUGACUAUCGAGGGGAACGAGACGAAGGGGCGUUAGGUGCGGCAGGGGAUUGGUUCGCGGAGGCGAACAACGAAUACGAGGUAGACGAAGAGAUAACGGACCCUCUGUCUGAAAACCUCGCAAAGUUUGUGGAGAAAAGAUUCUGCACAACAAUGAAAGAUGAUAAGAUGAAAGAAAAGGUAAGUAAAUACAAAAGGCCAGGCAAUUGUGAAGCGCUCCUGGUACGACAAACAAAUCCGGAGAUUUGGAAACUGUUACAAAGCGGGGGGAAAAAGAACGAUGCCAAGUACACCUCGAUCCAGAAAACGAUUGCGAAAGCGACUACUGCGGUGGCACAGUGUGCUGACCUUUUGGUCAAGGAUGGUGAAAGCAAAAGGCCCAUUGUCCAAAAGUUAUUGGACGUUAUCUCCAUCCUGGGACACUCCCAGCAGAAAAUCACCAGCCGCAGGAAGGAAGCACAAAGGUGGGCCUUACCCAUGAACAUGAAGGGUAUCUGUGACGUACCAAUUGACGGUACUAAAUUCCUCUACGGGGACGACAUAAAGAAAACUAUUCAUGAUGCGAACGAACAAAGAAAAAUGGUGCAAUUUUCCUCCCCACGUGCCACUCACGCUAACGCUUACACCUCAGCGUACGGCAAACCCGCUCAGCGGGACAGAAAGAGGCAUUUUUUAGCCUAUCAGGCCGGGCGUCCGUCCGGCCAGAGGGGGCGGGGCUACGCCCACAGACCCUCAGCGAGCCACGCGGCAGUGGCGAACAAAAGGAAAUAACUACGACUAUUGACGGAAAUAUGGGUCCUUCAAAAAAUCAAGACAGACGUAGCAACAGGUGUAGUGAUUGCACCAUUCUGGCCAACUCAACCAUUUUUCCCUCUCCUCAUGAAACUCCUAGUGCGUCAACCAGUUCUACUGUCAGCACGAAAAAGGCUUCUAGCCCUACCAAGCCACCCGGAUGUUCUACAUCCACUGGGGAAAAGGCUCAGACUGCUUAUAUGCAAGGUGUCAGGCAACAGUACGCAAAACAAGGCUUUUCAGAAGAAGCUACCAAGCUCAUCAUGGCCUCAUGGCGACCUGAUACUAGGAGAGCCUAUAACACAUAUAUUACAAAGUGGAAGAGGUUCGCUCUUAGGACCAAAGUGGAUCCCAUUUCACCGCCUGUGAUUGCGGCAGUUAAUUUUUUGGGAGAACUUUUUAGCUCAGGAGCUUCGCUCUCCGCUGUGUGCACCGCAAGGUCAGCCUUGUCAUGCUACUUAAAAGUAGAAAAUGGCCCAUUUGGAAAUCUUGACUGUGUAAAAAGACUGAUCAAAGGCAUAUUUGAAAGCCAAUCGGCGGUACCAUUGAGAAGUAAACUGACAACGUGGGACCCGCUGCAUGUUCUGGACUUCUUAGAGUCUUGGUUUCCCCAUGAGGAUUUGACUUUAAAGGAACUAACUUUGAAACUAACAAUGUUUCUAGCUUUGUUAUCUGGGCAAAGAUGCCAAACCAUUCAUUCUUUGGACACUAAUUUCAUGAAAUUAACAGAAACAAAAUGUACAUUCAUAAUUAAGACGCUCCUUAAGCAAUCCAGGAAAGGGCACCACCUUGACCCAAUUGUAUUCAUGGCUUUCCAAGAAAACAAAAGCAUGUGCAUUGUAAACAUGCUGAAGGUGUACAUAAACAUGACUAGGGCCCAUAGGGAAGGUAACGGAGCCUCAAAACUGCUACUCAGUUUCCAAAAACCGUUCAAACCGGUCAGCAGAGACACUGUGAGUAGAUGGUUAAAAACAGUCCUUAAUAUGGCUGGUAUUGACGUCUCAAUAUUCACAGCUCACAGCACCAGAAGUGCCAGUACGUCUUGUGCUCUUCAGUCUGGAAUCUCCAUAAAUGCCAUCUUGGCUGCUGCAGGAUGGUCAAAAGAGACCACUUUUACUCGAUUCUACAAAAAACAAGUUGCAGAAAAUUUUGGAGAGAAACUGAUCCAGACUUAUUUUACCUCCAAAUGUCCAUAAUGAUUUGCUCUCCAUGUAACCCUUCGUAUGUAACUAUUAUGAGCUGUUAAUCCCACAUUCUGUGCCUUUAUGGUUUUUCUGUGCAUAUUCCUAUAUCUGAUUUUAUAAACAUAUUAUAUAUUGUGAUCAAAA